UCUUAUGUGCAUCAAAAUCAGGCAGAAGAGACUUUCAGGUGAACCAAGAGCAGACGAUGAAGAGCCUUGUUCUUUUGCUGUUUGUGGCUGGAGCCAGUGCUAGAGUAUUUGAGCGCUGUCAAUGGGCCCGCUUGCUGAAGGCGAGCGGAAUGGACGGGUAUCGCGGUGUGAGCCUGGCCAACUGGGUCUGCCUGACGAAACAUGAGUCAAAUUUCAACACCAGCAGUGUCAACCACAACAGGGACAAGUCAACUGAUUAUGGCAUCUUUCAGAUUAACAGUCGUUGGUGGUGUAACGAUACACAAACCCCAACAGCCAAUGGGUGCAGCAUUCCUUGCAGCGCGCUUCUAACCGACAAUGUCGACACAGCAAUCAACUGUGCCAAACGUGUUGUUAGGGAUCCAAGCGGCAUAGCAGCCUGGGUGGCUUGGCGUAAAUACUGCAAAGGCCAAGAUGUGAGUUCCUACAUCCAGGGAUGUGGAUUGUAAUCAUCUCACAGGAAUUUACAGACCAAUAAAUACAAGUACAAACCUG